AUGGACCCGAGAAUUCAGAUGACCAUCUUUCCCUGCCUGGCUUUGUUCCUGCUUCUCUGGAGCCAGGUGCCAGGAGUCCAGGGCCAGGAAUUCCAAUUUGGGUUCUGCCACGUGCAGGGGGUCAAGCUCCAGGUGCUAAGGAAGGCCUUUGGGACUCUGAGAGACACUGUGCAAGCUCAGGAUAACACUACGAGUGUCCGACUGCUGCGGAAAGAGAUUCUACAGAACAUCUCGGAUGCUGAAAGCUGCUACUUCAUCCGCGCUUUGCUGAAGUUUUACUUGAAAGCCGUCUUCAGAAACUACUACCGUCAGGCAUCUGAACUCAGGCUCCGGCGUGCGCUCUCCACGCUCACCAACAACUUCCUCGCCCUCGCGUCCGCACUGCAGCCCAGGGAGGAAGACAAGGUGUUCUCUCUGGCUGAGAGCGCACGCAGGCGGUUUCUCCAGGUCCAGGGAGCAUUUCAACAGCUGGACGUAGAAGCAGCUCUGAUCAAAGCCAUCGGAGAAGUGGACAUUCUCUUGACUUGGAUGGAGAAAUACUACCAGCGUUGA